AUGGAGACCGAUGUACUGGACACAAGUGACCCCUUUUCAGUAGAAGGCAACAACCUGACUCUGGACCCAGACUCGUAUGACACUGACAUUUAUGACAUUCCGGACCCCGGGCUGCUCAAAGAGAAGAAUGAGUCGUCAUUCUCGGAGCUGGUCCCACAGCUUUGUACCAAGAGCUCAUGGUCGCAAAACAUGACCCCACGCGCCCGGGCCCGCCAGCUGUGGCUGCUCCUACGUGCAGGCCUUCACGACUUUGUGGAAAAGGAAAAGAGAGCAGAGCUGGGCGUAGCAUGCUUGACGCACGGACUGGAGCCUCUGCGUCGCCUGGAGGUGACAGCUGGGCUGUGCUCGGUGGCGCAGGACCCAGUGGGUAGACGCUUUGUGGUGCUGGACGGCGCAGGCUACAUGCACCUGCACAGAGAGGACGGCUGGGCCCAUGAGAAGCUGCUGGCCCCCAUUGCGCUCACAGGGCUGGUGGCAGUGCUGGGGCCGCUGGGCUCUGUAGGCCGCUUUGUGGGCUGGGGCCCUUUGGGGCUGGCCAUACUAAGGCCCGACCUCAGCCUGCUAUGGCUGAGUGAGCCCGGGGUGGGUAGACCGCCAGGCCAUGAGCCCAUCUGCUGCCUGCCUGUGCCUGACUUGGGGCUGCUGUUAGUGGCAGAGGCAGGCGGCAGCCUGGCACUGUGGAAGUUCCGUGCAGGGGGUCGAUGUCUGGUGCCACGAGGGUCACCUCUGCAGCCUCCGCCAAACUCCACGGGUGUGCUUGUGCGUCUGGCUCUGGGGCCCCCGGCUCACCACCAGGCCCAACGCUGCUUCGCAGCUUACGGUUCAGCAGUGCUCACCUUUGAUCUGCAUACCUGGGCUGUCAUAGAUAUGCGCCGAGAUCUGCACAAAACCACCAUCUCCGACCUGGCGUACUUCGGAGAGGUAGAGGCCAUGGUGACAGCUUCCCGAGACAGCACGGUGAAGGUGUGGGAGGCUGACUGGCAAAUCCGGAUGGUGUUCGUGGGCCACACAGGUCCGGUGACAGCGAUGGCUGUGCUCCCGAACACUUCCCUAGUGCUAUCGGCCUCGCAGGACGGGACGCUGCGCACAUGGGACCUGCAAGCGGCGGCGCAGGUGGGCGAGGUGGCACUGAGCUGCUGGGGCCAGGACGUGCGGUCCGCGAGCGUGAACCGCCUGCUGGCGCCCGCCGGCCCAGGGUGGCCGGUGCUCUCCUUGCGCGUGGGCAGCGUGGAGCUGUGGUGGCUGCGCGAGCUCUACUCGCCUUUGGCACAGCUGUCCGCGCAGGUGCUCCAUCUGCAGGUGGCGCCGGCGCUGCCCCUGCACCCGCCGCUGCCCGCGCGCCUCGUGUGCGCCUGCGCGGACGGCUCUGUCUACCUCGUGUCAGUUGUGACUGGGCGCACUGUGAGCGCGCUGUUGCUUGAGCCCGACGACUGCGCAGCUGCUGUGGCCUACUGCCUGCCGCGCGAACAACUAUGGCUGCUGACACGUGCCGGACACCUGGUGUGUGCCAACGCGGCACGCUGCCCCAUGAGCGUGCUUUACCGCGUGUGCCCGGCGCCGGCGCCGGCGCCCAGGCCCUCCUGUUUGCACCUCUACAGCCACCUCACUGACCCCAGCGGCGCGUUUUCCAGCUGGGAGACUGUGCGCCAGCACCGGGGCGACCUGUGCCGCAGUGACAUCGGGUCCUGGAAGGACAAGAACCGGUACCUGCCGGUGGUGGGCCACACGGAUGGCAUGCUGUCAGUGCUGGAGUGGUGCGAGUCGAAGAGUGUCUUCCAUACAGAGGCGCACAACCCGGGACCCGUCACCGCCAUUGCGUCUACCUGGAACACCAUCGUGUCCUCAGGCGGAGACUUGACCGUGAAGCUGUGGCGGGUCUUCCCAUAUGCCGAGGAGAGCCUGAGCCUGCUGCGCACCUUCUCCUGCUGCCACCCUGCUGUGGUGCUCUGUGUGCUUGGGAAGCGUGUCACCGUGGCCUUUGAGGACCCGGACAGUGCCACCUAUGGUUUGGUGCAGUUCGGCCUGGGCAACAGCGGGCGCUGCGAUCACGGGCCCCAGGACGACCCCACGGACCACAUCACCGGCCUGUGCUGCUGCCCCACACUCAAGCUGUAUGCCUCCUCCAGCCUGGACUGCACCGUCCGCAUCUGGACAGUGAAGAACCGCCUGUUGCGGCUCCUGAAGCUGAAUGGCGCCCCUCAGGCCCUGACCUUCUGCAGCAACAGUGGGGACCUGGUGCUGGCGCUGGGCUCUCGCCUCUGCCUGGUAUCUCACAGGCUCUACCUGCCCACGUCCUACCUGGUUAAGAAGCUGUGUGGGAAGGUCCCUGAGCGGAUGGAUGACCCUCCGCUGCUGCUGACCAGCCAGGAGUCACUGACCUCAGCCCAUCUGCAGAGACUCGCCAGUCUGCACGGGGUGGCCAGCCUCAGCGCAGAUUUGUCAUUCAUCCAUCUCCAGAAGGCAGCACCUCAGCAGCCACUGUUGGAGGAGGACUUGGAAGCCUUAGCUACCCGGGACCAAGACCUUCAGCAGCUGAGCCUGGGGCUGGUGGUCCCAGCAGCCCAGCCCCCACCCUCCAGGCAGCAGAGCCAGGAGGCCUUUCAUAACUACCUGCGUCUGAUCUACGGCCCAGGCCUGCUGGGCAUGCAUUCUGGGACAAAGCUCCAGCGGCAGAGCACUGUGACCUUCACAGUGGAGAGAGACACCUGGACUGUAUGUGCCCUGCCCAGAGCUGCCCCCAGUCUCAGGAAGGCUGGGGUCUGCACUGAAGCCCCCACGGCACCAACAGCCCUGCCCACACAGGACCGGAGGACCCUGGGUCAGCGCAUUGCCCACCCUCCCCGAGUCACCUUGCCCUUCCCACCCACCCACAGGGGUGUGCACAGCAGGGUAUCCCAACUGCUGGCCGGGUCCUCCCUGAGCUGCGACCUGGGGCUCAGUCUGGACCUAUAGCUGCAGUUAGAGAGCUCUGGGGGGCGGGGGGGGGGCGGGAGGAUGCCUGUGGCCCUGGACCCACCAUCAUCCCAUCUGCAGCACAGGAUCUCCAUGCUGCUGAAACAGCGGCCCAAGGAGCCUCUCUCCACCCUCGGGGGCUUCUUUCCUGACACCAUUCAGUCCUACAAGUACUCACUGCGGCCCAUCCACUUCCCGGGCUGGAUCCCCAACUCUGUGGUGCUGCAGCAAAUGUGGCUGCCCAGUGAGCCAGGCCGGAGCCAGAACGACCUGUGGCGGCAGCAACGGUGGGGCAGACGGUGGGGCAGGCGGCGCCGCACCACGUGGCCCCAGAAGCUGAUCCAGUGGUUGGGUGAGGAGGAGGAGGAGGAGGAGGAGGAGAAAGAGGAGGAGGAGGAGGAGGAGGAGGAGGAAGAGGGCCAGGGCGAGGACGAGAGUGAGAAUGAGGACGAGGAAGAGGAAGAGGAAGAGGACGAGGACGAGGACAAGGAUGAGGACGAGGACGAGGACGAGCUGGAUCUGGGCUGGGCCUCAGAUUCCCUGAGCCCGCAGACGCAGCUCUCCGAUGAGCUGCUGGAGUUUGAGGAGCCCGCAGCUCAGAGCUUCCAGUCCUGGACGCGGAGGCGCUCCAGUGACGAUGACACCAGGACUGAGACCUAUUUCCGCCGCCGCCUGUACCGCCACAAGCGCUCGCGCUAUGCACAUCGGGCCAAGUUCCUGCGUUUUUUGGUCAUCCAGAACUGGUUCAAAAGGCUGUUCCCCAACUUUACGCUGAAGGUUCGGGGAGUCUUGGACGCCUGGGAAGUACAGGCUCGGGUGGAGGAGGGGGGGCUGGAGCGCCCAGGAGGUAGGGCCUCACAGCGGUCUCUGCAGGCGUACCCCGGGGUGGGCACGGUGGAGGGCCUGGCCUCACUGCUCAUGGACAGGCUGGAGAAGGCCUCCUGGGCGGACCGCGUGCACAUCUUACACGAACUGCUGAGGCUGCUGCCCGACGUGAGCAAACACCUCUGUGGCCGGUUGCACUGCAUACUCCUGCACCUGCUCAACCUGGACCAGCCCCCCAGCCUCCAGGACAAGACGCAGAAGCAGUUCGUGAUGUUAGCCCUACAGCUGCUCCUGGCCUGCUCCUUGGAGUCCCGCGAGGUGGUGCUGGAACUCAUGUCGUACUUCCUCUACUCACCAGCUGCCUGCCGGCCAGAGCUCAAGAAGCUGCUGGACGGGCUAGGCCUUCAGGACCCGGAAGGCUUCCUAUUCAAGGAGAUGAUGACCUGGGUCGGGGGCCAGGACCUGGACUCCAAGGCCGCACUGCGCAAUUGCUGUAGCCAGAAGCUGGAAGAAAUGAUUCAGCCCCUGCAGGUCUGGUUGGGCAGGGGUGGGGUAGGCCACCUGCCCCUGGAGCCUCUUGCCUUCUCCCACGGCUUGCCCCAAGUCAAGGGAGGACAGCCAGGUGAGGCUGGUAGGCUCCUUGCCUCACUCUAGCUCUGUGCCUCCCUGUCCUCCUGGGUACCCCAUCUCUCCCCAUUUUCCUGCUCCUCCCUGGGAGGAAGUCUGCAGAGGGGUCAGGCUGGGAGCCAGGAACAGCACAACGCCGCCUCCCAUUGGGGCCAGGGCAGCCUCUGCCUUGGGCCCUGGUGCGUCCUCCACCGGUUGCAUCCCCCACAGAUGGAAACCUUGCAGCCUUCAGUAGCCAAGUUGUCAGACAUGCUGCCCAAGGUCUCCAAGACCUCGGUGCUUACACCCCCUCCCAAGGAGGCCCCAUCUCAGAUUUCUGUGGUAUCCGGGGCACCUGCUUACACCUCCGAGACACUCUCAAGCAUCUCCUGGACGCCCUCGCUGGCGGUCUCGCCUGGGGAGUCAGGCUUGGCCACACUGGAGCCCAAGGCCCAGCGGUUGCUGUCAGAGAUGCACCUCCAGCGGACCAGACGCCCACUCUCCGAGACACUACUGCCCUUCUCCGCCUUGCCUGAGCCCCGCUUGCGCUCCUCCGCGCCGGCCGCACUGCCUGAUGAGACACUGCCCCUGGAGCAGACACAAUGGUCACAGUCGAAGAUGCUGGACCUGGGGCCAAUUGAUGCGCUCAACUUCUUCUGUGAGCUGCAGCGGGUGCGGCAGCGAGUCACCCUGCGGGAGGAGCCUGAGAGCCCGUCCUUGAGCCCAUGCUCCCCGCGCUCGACACCCACACCCCGCGCUCGACAGCCACAGCCCUGGGAUCGCCUGCACCCCAUCGUACGGCAUCCGAAGACCAAGAUCCAGAGGACUCCAAUGAGCCUGAGGGGCCAGAUGAUGUCCCAGCUCUGGGAAGGCCGCACCCUCAGUGGCUCCAUCCGGAUGCUGAAGCUGCCACUGCCACGGGUGGACCUGCAGCCUUUCCCCCCGGACUGGCCCAGGCCUGCCCGUCCGCUGCCCCCGCUGCUCCUGCAGCCUGCCCUGCAGCGCUACUUUCUGCCUGACCACGCGGACCCACACAACUACAGCUGACCUGGCUGGCGACCUCGGCCUCACCCUGUUCCCAGCCUCCCGCUCCUUCAGCAUGGAGUCAGGAUGAGGCUCUUUCCAUGGCUAUUUGCCUCUGGCCAAAGCCAGAGCUGGAAUAAAGUCCAGAGGCUAUGGCCAGCAAACGGUGCUGCCUCCAUCUCUGGGGCUGCUGGGGUUGGCAGGGAGGUUCAGCUGGUGUGUCAUGACCUGCCAGUGGCCAGUCGUGUGUGUGAGGCAGGAGACAGGGUCACGGUGGAGUUGGUGGGACAGGAUCUGGGGCGUGGUCAGCACACAGUGGGCGAGCGAUGCUGCUGGGGGUGGGCCUAUCUACUCCGAGCCGGGACCCAUAACGUGGGUGUGUCCCUGAUGAGGCACUCAGCCAACCUUUAUCGGUCAAUUACUGGGGUCAAGUGAGCGGCCAGGUGUGCAAGGGAGAGGGGUCUGAGUGGCCACAGGUGUGGGGGCGGCUGCAGUCGUUUGAUGCCCGUGAAACCAGGAGUCUGUUGGCACUUUGUUACCUUUAGGCUGGAAGGGGCCCCACCUGCUUUAUCCAAUAAGCAAUAAGGGGACAACAUCUUCUGGACCCUUCAACCUAAAAGUCUCCAGGACGCAGACCUUGUCUGUGAAGUGUAGGUUCUUUCUCAGAGGGCCUCGGCUUCCUUCUGAGCAGCCGUGACCUCGCAGGGACCCACGUGUGCAUGGGCUAUUCGGACUGCUUUUGGGAAGGGCCCGUUCUAGCUCUUUACACCCUUCUAUUGGGCUUCCUGAGCAGCGAUUUCUUUCAUGUAUUUUCAGCCUCUGACUAGAAGUUUCUUCUCUGUGGCUUUCUAGUUAACAGCUGGUCUGCCAUUCCUUCCCCACAACCCCCUAGCUGUGCUCUGGUUAUGGGGCUGCUGAAUGGGUGGCUCUCUCAGCUCGCAGGACCAGAAGCGCCUGGCCCAGAGAACUGCAAGACUUGACAUUUUAUAAAAGGGGCUGUGUGGCUCGUGGCAGUCCACCUCCACUGCUUUUCAUGUUUUAAAUUAUAAAAGCAGGG